CGUGGGAAGUUUGGGGAAAGGGAGAUCAGCUGGGGACGCUCAAUUUGCUGACGGACGCGGUGAGGGCCAAGGCUGCGAGGGAGGAGAUCAGGGUGAGUGUGAUAUCCCGCCAGGGGAGGUCGGCUUACAGGGAGAUAGAGGAGGCCUAAUGUCCGUUCACUCUUUCUUCCCCUCCCCUUCUCUAGACGGGCCACUGCGUCUCCCUCACAUGGCCAAUGCAUCUUCCUAUAGACCCAGCCUUUGGCCGCAAAGCCGCUACGCAUACUCCCUGGGGCAAAGGAGGGGACUUUUACACUUCGCAUAGGAGGGCAGUUCUUCACGAGCGUCGAGUCGCCGGCGAGGCGGUCGAGGACCGAUCGGAUGGGGAUGAAAAGGCGGCUGUGAGCGAUGAUGAGAUUCAUAUCAAUACUCAGAGCGGAUCGCAAUGGGAUGGUUUCAGCCACUUUGGACAUCUCUCUCUGGACUGCUUCUAUCAAGGACACACCCGCAAAGCCAUCCACCAGUCCUUUGAGCGCGGGCUCGAUCGACCCAUCGACCCUCGAGGCGAGGCCGGUCCGCCACUGGGCAUUCAAGCCUGGGCGCAAAAGGGCAUUUGUGGUCGUGGUGUUCUGCUAGACGUGUGGGGCUGGCUGCUACGCAACAAUGACGGCAAUGCUCCCUAUGAUCCGGCUCGCUCCCACGCCAUCUCUCUCGCAGACGUGCAAGCUUGUGCUCGUGCUCAGGGCGUUCACUUCCGUAAAGGCGACAUCCUGCUCAUUCGCACCGGUUGGACGUUACGCUACUAUCACUCUACGCCCGAGGAACGUCGCGAGAAUUCUACGGGCAAAAAGGGCUUUGUGGGUCUAGAGCAAGGAGAGGAUGUCCUCGAGUGGCUCUGGGAUCAUCACUUUGCCGCCGUCGCCUCGGACUGCCCAGCCUUUGAGCGCUGGCCUGCUCCCAUGGGCACGCCCCAUCUACACGAGACGCUCCUGGCAAUGUGGGGUUGCCCAAUCGGGGAAAUGUUUGACUUGGAAAAGUUGACGGAGCAGUGUCAGACGCACAGGAGGUGGACAUUUUACUUUUCCAGCUGGCCACUGAAUGUCUUUGGCGGCGUUGCAAGUACGGCCAAUGCUGGUGCGACCUUUUGAGGAGAAGAGACGAGGGACACCCUGUACGCGCCUUUGUCUUGGUUCGGGGAGACGUGGGCGGCGCGUGGAAUCGCAAGGCAGUUGUCGGGAGCGCGGGGCGUGGUUGUGGUGCCGUGGGUGU